GCCGCCGUGAAAUUUGAGGCAUUGUCAAGUGCUUGUCAAAUUGUGAAUGAGAGACUAAUGAAGUGUGUACAGCCUUUCUGCAGUCUCUUGACCUUCAUACUGCUCAAAAUUUGAAAUAUUGUGUAUAUAUGCAUUUUAAUUUAAACUCUUCUUGCUGUAGUCUAUACUCUAAUGGUGUUUGUUUCUAGUUUCAUUUGAAGCAUUUUUAUGGCACAUUUCCUUAAUUUAAAAAUGUUUAUAAAAUCUGAGCACUAGGGAUGAGUCUCUCUCUCUCUCCCCCAUGCAAUAGUAAAUGUAGCCUAUCUCUCUUGCUGUCAUACAGGAGGGUGAUAACAAUAUGGAUGAUUGUCUGUGCUGGAGACUGGGUGCCAGGUGUGUUGGGCUUAAUAGCAGGUUACAAAAUCAUUUUGUGUGCAUGACUUCAGUAUGGUGGUGUGUAGUGUAAUAUUGAGUUUGUACAUGCACGCGUUCGUCAUAUUGUGUGCACCAUCAUGGGGUGUAACGUCUGUGCAGGGCUCUGUAGUUUUCUGCAGGUGUCUUUGCUUCGGAUACCCAUCCUUGGUACUCCUGUCGGUGCCCCGCCAACCCGCUUCCACCGCCUCCCAGGUGUCAAAGGGCAGGAAACUGACGUUCAGGUGAGCCAGGCGGACGUGCUGCAGCCCGAGUCUCCUUGCUCCUCUAUGUUGAGUCCAGACAGUCUGAGGCGCACCCCCUCCAGCUACGACGACCCCCCCCCCUCCUGGCCAGGAGGAAGCUCACCCCUGUGUGUCACGUGUGGACGGAGCUUCCACAGGAAGUGUCACAUUCCGCCCAUCUAUGCCUUAUCCACUGUCUGCUGUGCCGGGACCUCUGAUCUGGCGUUGCUGCAGGACUACAGUGGGACCGACAAGGAACUGUGCAUGAGUCCUCCUGACCAAAUGGUGAGCCUUUUUUACUUCGCAGAGCAUGUCUGGGCACGUCUGCUACCUUUCACCUGGAAUAUGCGCAUCUGGGUACGUACGUCUGUGCAUGCCCAGUUCUAUGAACAUGUCUGGUAUUGUUUGCUGUGUCCGCAUCUAGUACUUAUUGACCCUGAUCCUAUUUGAGUGGAGAUGGUCUGUUUUUAGAUCCAGGAAAUCAUUUUUGAAUUGAAAAAGACAAGGGUAGAAUCAAAAUGUAAACCAUGUAUUUCUAAUGUGACCGGAUCUUGAUUGGUUAUUUUAACCCACUCAUCCAACCCACAGUUUUUUAGUCUGGCCAUUAAAUCACCAUUGCUUCUGUUAGUUUGGCCACUCAAGGUGUUUUUGUCCAGUGUAGUCUACAGCAGUGUUUCUAACUCCAGUUCCCCCAACAGCACACAUUUGUGUUGUUGCCCCAGACAAACUCACCUGAUUCAACUCGUUCAGGGCCUGAUGAUUAGUUGACAAGUUAGAAUCAGGUGUGCUUGUCCAGGGCUACAACAAACAUGUGUGCUGUUUGGGGUACUGAAAGACUGAAGUUGGGAAACGUGUGUGUGAACCAUUGCUUACCCUUUGGGGUCGACCCUACAGAGAUAUGAGUGAGUGCCUACUGCUUGUCCUUUCAUGCAAAAAGUCCAGCAUUGUCCUCUACAGACCAGGAAAGGUAAUCGACAAGUGCAACUUACCUCAUUUAUGCAUGCACAUCCUUAGCAUCCCUCUUUAGUAUUGCCAUAGAUAGUGUUGGCUAUUAAAAUGUCACACAUAAUCACAAGACUUUGAAUAUUGAUGUGAAUUUAAUGUUAAUAAAGAAUGUUAGUGACGGUCUUCACUGGAAUGUUUAUUGCCAAGUAGGUUGCUGACAAAUGACUGGUCCCUUUAAUGAAGUAUGACUUUUCAAUUGUGUGUGUCAGAUAUACAAUUGCAGUUUGAUGUUAGUCAGUUGUCUUGCAUUGACUAGAGAAAUAUUGUAUUUUGACUCUCCCUCUCCUUAGCUCUCUUAACAUCGUCCAGAUACGGGGACUGUUGCUGCAGAACCAAUUUUAUUUUGGUAAAUUUAAGUUUACAAUUUGGCACAUACAAUGAUUCAUAAGUACUUGGUUGCAUAGCCUUUGGCCAAGAACUGCAGACAAAUGCUUCUUGUAGCCAUCAGUAAGCUGGCUGCAUCUUAUUACUGGUGAUUUUACUCAGCCUUCAGACAGAAGCAAACUGCUCUAAUUCUUUCAUGUUUGAGGGGUAUCCUCCACCAACUGCCGUUGUCAGCUCUCGCCGUAGGUUAUGGAUGUGGCAAAUGCUUGGCCUCGUUCCUGCCAUCCAGGACCUCUAUACCAGGCGGUGCCAGAGGAGGCCCUAAAAAUUGUCAGACUCCAGCCACCCUAGUCAUAGACUGUUCUCUCCGCUACCGCACGGCAAGCUGUACCGGAGCGCCAAGUCUAGGUCCAAAAUACUUCUUAACAGCUUCUACACCAAGCCAUAAGACUCCUGAACAGCUAAUCAAAUGGUUACCCAGACUAUUUUCAUUGCCCCCCUCCCCCGCACCUCUGUUAUGCUGCUGCUACUCCCUGUGUAUUAUCUAUACAUAGUCACUUGAACUCUACCUACAUAUACAUAUUACCUCUACUAACCAGUACGUACGCACAUUGACUGUACCAGUACCCCCUGUAUAUAGCCUCGCCAGUUGUUAGUUUACAUUUUUUUUUACUUAACAAUUCUUUUUCUUAACUGCAUUGUUGGUUAAGGGCUCGUAAGUAAGCAUUUCACUAUAAGGUCUACACCUGUUGUGUUCGGCUCAUGUGACAAAUACAAUUUGAUUCAGAUCUGGUCACUCCACAACAGUCCAGCGUUUCUUCUUGAAUCAUUCCAGGGUGCCUUUUUUGUUUGGGGUUGUUGUCCUGCUGAAAUACCAUCAACCUUCCAACAGAGACCCAGUGUUUGGACACUGGGUUGAACAUUGCACUCCAAAACACCUUCAUAAUCUGCUGUUUUCAUGAUGUUUUGCUCAUGUUCAAGUACCAGAGGCAGCAAAUCAACCCCACAGCAUUAUCAAACCUUCCCUAUGUUUGUGGUUAUUUUCUUUGAAGGCUUAAUUUGGUUGUUGGUCAACAUAGGAAGUCCCCACUGCCGAAGAAGACUCAAGAAAGCCUGAUUGAAUGCUGGACUGUUCUAGAGUGGCCAGCCAAGAUUCCAGAUCUAAAUCCCAUCCAGAACCUAUGGUAAGAGCUGAAAACAGUAGUUGGAAGAAUUAGAAUAAGAGCGGUUUGCUGUGAAGAGUGGGCCAAAUUGCCAGGAGAAGGGUGCAGCAAGCUCAUUGACGGUACAGGAAGCGUUUGCAGUUGGCCCAAGGCUGUAAUGGAUUUUCAACAUUCUAGAACCCAAGGUCUGGAGACAAAGUUCUCAAUUUUUCAAAGAAAUAGGGCAUUAUUUGAGAAGUGCAAGGGUGCCAACAAGUUUGUUGCAAACCUGAUUUUUACACUGGGAAUGAAAACAAUGUUGCACAUGGUUUGACGUUUGGGAUUUAAUUCACCUUUUGUCUAUUUACAAUAAAUACUUGUGCAUCUUA